AUGAAACCAUCUAAGCAAAUUCUCCUUCCUUUUCUCCUUUCACUUGUACUCCAAGCAACGGCGUUUCCCGCGCAAGACCUCCCAGUACAUGUCGGACACCAUGUUAUAUUCUCAUACCCCGGCCUUGAACCCCCAUCUCACCUCUUCGAUCUGAUCACCCAAGGCAAGGUUGGCGGCAUCAUUCUAUUCGGCGAGAAUGUCAGCACAAACCUAAGCACGACGAUCGAACAAUUCCAGAACACCUACAGAAAGAGCCCUCACUAUGUUGGAAGCCCUUUACUCAUAAUGACAGACCAAGAAGGUGGCCAGAUUCGCAGACUGCCCGGCGGCCCAGAAAGCAGCGCGAAGCAAGUCGGCCAAGCAUCCAACCCAAGAAUGGCAGCGACACAGAUGGGCAAAGAUGCCGCAACCACCCUUAAAGCUGCAGAAAUCAAUUUCAACCUUGCCCCUGUGUUGGAUGUGUAUCGGGAAGCGGGCGAUUUCACAGAUCACACUGGUCGGUCCUUCAGUAACAACUCGGAUGUUGUUGGUACUUGUGGAUCGGCGUUCAUCAAAGCCCAGCAAGGUGCUGGUAUCAUUUCGUCUGCUAAGCAUUUUCCUGGACUCGGUGCUGCUGGUGCGACUGAGAAUACGGACUUGCAGCCUGUCACUAUCGACUUCAGUCUGGAAGAGCUGCGGUCUGUUGAUACGGCUCCUUAUGAGAAGGCUAUUGCUGCUGGUAUUGAUAUGGUUAUGAGUUCUUGGGCUGUAUACCCCGCUCUGGAUGCAGAAUAUCCGUCUGGACUCAGUCGGGCUUGGAUUCAACAUGAGUUACGGGGUAGACUUGGGUUCACGGGUGUCACUAUAACGGAUGCACUUGAAGCGGGGGCUUUAGAGGCUUUUGGGGAUGAUGCUACUCGUGGUUUGCUGGCUAGCCAGGCUGGUAUGGACAUGCUGCUUGCUUCAGCGAGGAAUGUGACUCAGGGAGAGAGUGUUGUGGAUAUUUUGGUGGCUUCCUUGAAAGACGGUUCGCUAGAUAUGCAGUCUUUCAUCCGUGGGACAGAGCGAAUUUUGGAAGUUCGGAAGAAGAUUGCCUAG